AUGGAGGACCAGAGGGAGGCUCUGCGGAAGAUCAUCACCACGCUGGCUGUGAAGAAUGAAGAGAUUCAAAGCUUCAUCUACUCCCUCAAGCAAAUGCUGCUGAACGUGGAGGCCAACUCCACCAAGGUACAGGAAGACCUGGAGGCGGAGUUCCAGUCGCUCUUCUCCCUCCUGGAGGAGCUGAAGGAGGGCAUGUUGAUGAAGAUCAAGCAGGACCGUGCCAGCCGCACCUACGAGCUGCAGAACCAGCUGGCUGCCUGCACGCGGGCCCUGGAGAGCUCAGAGGAGCUUCUGGAGACGGCCAACCAGACCCUGCAGGCCACGGAGAGCGACGACUUCCCUCAGGCUGCCAAGCAAAUCAAAGAUGGUGUGACGAUGGCGCCUGCCUUCCGGCUGUCAUUGAAGGCCAAGGUCAGCGACAACAUGAGUCACCUCAUGGUGGACUUUGCACAGGAGCGCAGGAUGCUACAGGCACUCAAGUUCCUACCUGUGCCCGGCGCCCCUGUGAUUGACCUGGCCGAGUCCCUGGUGGCAGACAACUGCGUGACCUUGGUGUGGCGCAUGCCGGACGAGGACAGCAAGAUCGACCACUACGUGCUGGAGUACAGGCGGACCAACUUCGAGGGCCCGCCCCGCCUCAAGGAGGAGCAGCCGUGGAUGGUCAUCGAGGGCAUCCGGCAGACGGAGUACACCCUGACCGGUCUCAAGUUUGACAUGAAAUACAUGAAUUUCCGUGUGAAGGCCUGUAAUAAGGCAGUUGCAGGCGAGUUCUCCGAGUCGGUGACCCUGGAGACACCAGCGUUCAUGUUCCGCCUGGACGCGUCCACAUCUCACCAGAACCUGCGGGUGGAUGAUCUCUCCGUGGAGUGGGACGCCAUGGGCGGGAAGGUGCAGGACAUCAAGGCCCGUGAGAAGGACGGCAAGGGGCGCACGGCGUCUCCCGUCAACUCCCCCGCCAGAGGCGUGCCGUCUCCCAAGAGGAUGCCCUCCGGUCGUGGGGGCCGGGAUCGCUUCACGGCCGAGUCCUACACGGUGCUGGGGGACACGCUGAUCGACGGCGGGGAGCAUUACUGGGAGGUGCGCUUCGAGCCGGACAGCAAGGCGUUCGGCGUGGGGGUGGCGUACCGCAGCCUGGGCCGUUUCGAGCAGCUGGGCAAGACGGCCGCGUCCUGGUGCCUGCACGUCAACAACUGGUUACAGGCCAGCUUCACCGCCAAGCACGCCAACAAGGCCAAGGUGCUGGACGCGCCCGUGCCCGACUGCCUGGGCGUGCACUGUGACUUCCACCAAGGCCUCCUGUGUUUCUACAAUGCCCGGACCAAACAGCUGCUGCACACUUUCAAGGCCAAGUUCACACAGCCACUGCUGCCCGCUUUCACGGUGUGGUGCGGUAGUUUCCAGGUGACGACGGGCCUGCAGGUCCCCAGCUCCGUGCGCUGCCUGCAGAAGCGGGGCAGUGCCACCAGCAGCUCUAACACUAGCCUCACCUAGGCGCCUGGACCGCCCACCCCGCCCGGCUGAUCCAGAGGGGGGCCCUCCCAGGCCUCGGUUGUUUCAGCCAGCACCCUCU